AUCUCGUGGAGGACGCGCCUGUUACAAGAAGCACGUCUUCUGCUAGAGUAACACACACGGACGACUGCUUGCGUCUCUGCCGGUCGCCAAACACCUGUGACCAUGGACUUACUAACAGCUGUACUCACACUAGUGCUAAUUUUGGUUCCCCUAACAAUGUUUGUCCAAAAGAGACGUAAAAGAGCAGAAUACUGUAAACUCAUAGAUAGAUUACCUGGUCCUGCUGCCUAUCCACUUAUUGGAACUGCAUGGGAAAUGCUGUUUGCUGAACGCAGAGAUAUUUUCCGAAUGGCUGAUGAGAGAGGAAGGAAAUAUUGGCCUCUAUUCAGAACUUGGAUGGGUCCACUAGCAGAAAUUCAUGUUAUAAAACCACAGCAUGUAGAGAUAAUUAUGAGCAGCACAGACCAUAUCGAAAAAUCUCUUGUUUAUCGAUUCCUUCAUCCUUGGUUGGGACAAGGUCUGCUAACAAGCAAAGGGUCUAAAUGGCAUUCUCACAGAAAGAUGAUCACACCAACUUUUCACUUCAAAAUUCUAGAGACAUUUUUUGAAGUCUUUGAAGACAAGAGUCAACUGCUUGUUAAAAAAUUAAAAGAUGAGGCCAAUGGUCAAGUGUUCAACAUUCAUCCUUAUGUUACACGGUGCGCGCUUGAUGUUAUUUGUGAAACUGCAAUGGGGACACCAGUUAAUGCACAGGAAGAGACAGAUUCCGCCUAUGUAUCAGCUGUUUAUGCCAUGAGUGAAACUACACUUCAGCGAAUUGUUCGUCCAUGGCUACAUCCUGAUUUUAUAUACAAGAGAACAAAGUAUGGGAAGAUUUAUUAUGAAAGCCUUAAUGUUCUCCAUGGCUUUACAGAAAAGGUAAUUAGGGAGAGAAAGGCCUCAAGACUGAACAAUAAUAAAGAUCUGAAUCCCAAAGAUGAUGAGGAGGAAGUCUUUGGAAAGAAGAAACGAGUAGCUUUCUUGGAUUUGUUGCUGGAAGCUUCUGAUGGUGGGAAAAAUCUGACAGACCUGGAAAUAAGAGAGGAAGUGGAUACUUUCAUGUUUGAGGGUCAUGACACCACAGCAGCUAGCAUGUCAUGGAUCCUGUAUCUUCUGGGACUUCAUCAGGAUGUACAGGAAAAGGUAGCAGAAGAACUGUGUGACAUAUUCCAAGGUUCUGAUAGACCUACAACUAUGCAGGAUAUUCAAGCUAUGAAGUAUUUAGAACGUGUCAUCAAAGAAGGUUUAAGGCUUUAUCCCAGUGUACCAUUUAUUGGACGUAUACUCCGUAAGGAAACAAAAAUAGAUGGCUAUACAAUCCCACCAGACACCCUUGUAAACAUUCACAUAUAUCAUACUCAUCGUGACCCAGAACAGUGGCCUAAUCCUGAGCGCUUUGACCCAGAUAAUUUCUUGCCAGAACGAAUACAAGGAAGGCAUCCAUUUGCAUAUGUACCAUUUAGUGGUGGACCAAGAAAUUGCAUAGGUCAGAAAUUUGCACUGCUAGAAGAAAAAGUUGUUUUGUCCAACAUAAUAAGAAAAUUUAAAAUAGAAUCUGUAGAAGAUAGAGAAAAGAUGACACUAAUUGGAGAACUGAUUCUGCGGCCAGAAAAUGGAGUUCUUGUCAAGAUGAAAUCAAGAUGAUGAAUGUGAAAACUUUGAUGCAUUCUUGAGAAGUCUAUUCUAACAAGCAUGUUUAAAAA